AUGGCUUGUUCAUGGUCGGGAAUGCUUGACUUUCUUGAUACGUUAUGGCUCUAUUUGAUAAGCGGUUUGAUAAACUUUGAAGCACUUUUGCUUAUCCUUUGUGUUCAUCCUGCAUCUAUUGCCGAUCUGUCCGAAGGUUUACUUCAGUCAGUGCAGUGUCCAUGCGGACCUCUGGUCUUGCAGCUCUUUAAAUCCGGAAGUCAUGGAGAACAUAGUCAGGCACAAGAUCAGGGUAAUUCCGAUAAGAACUCUAUCAAUUCCAGGGUUGGUUGUGCAACUGCAAGAAAACUUUUUACCGAGGAUUGUUUUACUGAAAGAGAAGACUUGCUCGAGGUUCCCAAUUGCGAUGAUCCAUCAGCAGGUUUAAGUUACAUCGACUCUCAGGAACCUGGGGAGUUAUCACAAGCUAAUGCACUUAAUUUCAUGGAAAGAUUUGUAAAUGAUAAUUUGAUGGAACUUGAUGAUGAAAUUGAUUUGAGAAAUAAUACGGAGCGGAACUCGAAACUUAUCUCAUGGCCACAAAGUUUGGUCAAGAAAACUAUUGAAAGAAGCUAUGCUGGUGAUGCGGGGAAUUUUGAAUGGGAUAAUUUUCUGGAGGAUGAUGGAGGGGGUGAUAUUUAUCGUAGAAUGAAGGAAGAAUUCUAUGGUAAUAGAAGCCAUUCAUGGAGACCUUCUACCCACCCCCAGAAACGUAAAGGAAGGAAACUAGAUAAAUCUCUUAAUGGAGACCAACCGAAGUCCGCUGAUAAAAUGACAGUUCAUUCUGAUUCAAAAGUACUUUUGUGCAAGUCGAAAGAUAAUGACAAGAAAGUACGAGAAGGUCAAAUGAAUUUUAGAAAAAAUAAUUCCAAUGAUUUUGAUGAACAAUUUAAUUCGGAUUCCUUGAGAGGGCAAUUGGUAGCCACUGGGACAAAGAUAGGUGCUGCUAAAGAACUAAAUGAUGUAGGUUUUGACACUCAGAUGGCUGCUGAAGCUAUGGAAGCCUUAUUCUAUGGGGAGACGGCUACUGACCCGAACUCUAAUCAAGGUGUCCAAAGCAUAUCCAAGGGCUCCUCUAAAGGUUCAUUUAGGGUAAAAACUGGGAAGAAAAUUUCUUCUUCGUUAAGAAAGGAUGUUUCAUGUUCUGAUGUAGCUCGAUUUAGGAGACGAUCCAAGAGAACUAAGCGAAGUGAAGAGUCUUCAGUUUUGAUGGAGAAACACUCCAAGAGUGUAGGGAAGGACUGUAACAUGGAGUUGCUUCUGCCAAAAUUGAAGAAAGCUAAACUUCGUGGUGGUGGAUCAAUAAGGAAGCAACAUCCUGAAGAGGUUCAUACUACACCCAUUGCUCAUAGAACUGGGCAGUCAGUCAAAAACGUGGAAAUGGCUGAGACUAUGUGUCAAAAGCUAAAGGUCGAUUUUCUAUAUUGCAUUCGAAUCAAAAAAGAGAAAGAGCUUGGCUUUUGCAUGCCGGUUUCUUUAGCACGUGCACGCAAACCGUUACUACAGGUAAAAUUUUCUAGAUUUACCUAUUGCUUUGGCUGCUUGUUCCAUCUCGAUUUUCACAAUAUAGUGGAAGUUAUGCAGGGUCGGAGAGUUUUAAUCACCCCAAAUACGAAGCCUGGUAAAGAAACAAUAUUACGUUUGGUGACCACAGUUCACGGUCAGGCAGUUGAGAGAAUUGGCAGAUCUGCUAUGAAGGAUGACAAAUUCCCAGAUGAUUUGUUGGUUCUAUCUUGCGAAGAAGAUUAUGAAAUUUCUGUUCGUUUCCUCGAAAUAGGGGCAGAGAUUUUUAGUUCAGAGCUGCUACUAAAUGGAAUAGUUACCCAGAAGCUGGAUUAUGAGAGGCAUCGGCUCUUCGAAGAUCACGUCGGACGAACCCGAUCUACCGUAUGGCUGAAGAAAGACAAUAAGUUCCUCCCUGUGACAAAAGUGUAAAUGAAGGUUCCUGCUUUCUUCUUUUUCAGCUUCCUCCGAA